AUGGUGCUUUUUUCUAGCCCUACAUUUGGAUUAGGGUUGCACAAUCUAAAGUUCAUGCGAGAACUUGAGCUCGCUGCUGAAUUGGGUGUUGAUCCAGGGCAGUAUUUGUCUGACCAGUCAAGCUUUCACAAUUCUUUGGUUUCUCACGGUCCGAACCAAGCACCUGCGAUCCCAGCAGAAUAUGUCGAGAUCCCUAUUGACCAUUCCAACGUAUCGGUUGGGACCUAUAAGAAUCGAUUUUGGGUGAAUGAGGAUUUCUAUGUCCCUGGAAAUCCGAUCAUCCUGUAUGAUGCCGGGGAGUCCAGCGCAGAAGGGACAGCCCAAUCCCGAUUAACGUCGGAUUUCUCUUUUUUUCGGAAAAUGCUGCAGGAACUCAAUGCGAUAGGAAUUGUCUGGGAACACCGAUAUUUCGGACACUCUCUUCCUUUCCCCGUCAACAUUGACACACCCGCAGAACAUUUACAGUAUCUCACCACCAGACAAGCCCUGCAAGACAUUCCCCACUUUGCGAAAACAUUUAGUCGCGACAGCUACCCCGAUUUAGAUCUGACCCCCAAGUCCACGCCAUGGGUUAUGGUCGGUGGGUCAUAUGCCGGUUCGCGGGCCGCUUUUACUCGCAAUGAAUACCCAGACACCAUUUUCGCUGCCUUUUCCUCGUCUGCUCCCGUGCAAGCUCAAGUUAAUAUGAGCAUAUACUUCGACCAGGUUCACCGGGGAAUGGUCGCCAACGGGCUCGAGAACUGCACCAAAGACAUCCAUGCGGCUCUCGACUAUAUCGAUGAGCAGUUAUCGGAGCCUCAGACGUCAGCCUCUAUCAAGAAGCUUUUUCUCGGCGAUGAAGCCGACAAGAACAGCAACGAGGACUUCACCACGGCCCUCAGCAGCAUAUAUAAUUUCUUCCAGAGCUACGGGACCGCAGGUACUUCUGUGGGGAGCCUGGAGGACUUCUGUAACUACCUGGAAGUUGACCCGGAGACCAACCAGACGGCAGGCCCAGAGGGAUUGGCCCCAACUCACGGCAACAAAUACUUGGCCGAGCGCUGGGCUUCGUGGCCUGUGUUCACGCCCUUGGUCAAUAUCAACUCGGGGACCAACUGCAGGCAAGACAACGAUUCACUGCCCCUAGAUUGCGAACUGAGCUCUUUCAUCACCGACCCCGACUCCAUCAGCUGGACCUGGCAAUAUUGUACGGAAUGGGGAUUCUACCAGAGCAACAAUUUCGGGCGCCACGGACUCCUUUCUCGGUAUCAAACCUUGGAGUACCAGCAAUGGAUCUGCGACCAGCAGUUUCCGGGGAUAAUCCCACCACGUCCGCAGACCGAUGCACUGAAUGCGGAGCUCGGAGGGUGGGAUAUCCGGCCUUCCAAUGUGUAUUUUAGUGGCGGGGAGUUCGACCCUUGGCGCACGUUGUCCAUUGUCUCAACCGAAGAAAUUGCGCCACAAGACAUCACUUGGACGAACGAGAUCCCAGAAUGUGGGGUGACACGAGCGAACACAAUAUUUGGACAAGUCCUCGAAAACUCGAUGCACUGCUAUGACUUCCAGGCACUGUCUACGCCCGGCAAGGCGUCACGGGAGCUGUUCCAGACGGCGCUAAAGGAGUGGCUGAAGUGUUAUAAGCCUGCAGAGGGAGGCGGAUCCUAG